AUGCUUAAGUUAUUCGGCCUAACGCUGUUGGUGGCGGCGGUACUAGCACGCCCCGAGCCUCCGGUUAAUACCUAUUUACCACCUACGCCCUCCGAUAGCUAUGGUGCACCGGGACAAGGCCAGAGUCAAGGCGGCAUUGGCGGCAGACCUUCGGAUGCGUAUGGGCCACCCAAUGGGCAAAAUGGAGGCGGCGGCAGCAGUCUAGGUCGUCCUUCAAGCAGCUACGGAGCACCUGGACAAGGACAGGGUGGUUUGGGUGGCAGACCUUCGGAUACUUACGGGGCUCCUAAUGCCCGAAAUGGCGGAGGAGCCGGACGUCCUUCAAGCAGCUAUGGUGCUCCUGAACAGAGUCUUGGGCAAGGUGGAGUUGGUGGCAGACCCUCGGAUACUUACGGAGCACCUAAUGGCCGAAAUGGUGGCGGUGCAGGACGUCCAUCGAGCAGUUAUGGUGCUCCUGAACAAGGUAUCGGGCAGGGUGGAGUUGCUGGCAGACCUUCUGAGACAUAUGGAGCCCCCGGUGGUCGUAAUGGCGCUGGAGCCGGACGUCCUUCGAGCAGUUAUGGAGCACCUGAACAGGGUUUGGGACAAGGUGGACCUGGUGGUAGACCUUCGGAUACUUAUGGAGCUCCUAAUGGCCGGAAUGGAGGUGGAGCCGGAGCUGGACGUCCUUCGACCAGUUAUGGUACCCCCGAACAAGGCAUCGGACAGGGUGGACUUGGUACCAGACCCUCGGACACAUAUGGGGCCCCUAAUGGACGAAAUGGUGGCAGUGCAGGACGUCCGUCGAGCAACUAUGGUGCUCCUGAACAAGGUAUCGGACAGGGUGGUGGACGUCCAUCAAACGGUCGUCCUUCAGACUCUUAUGGUCCACCCGCUUCUGGCGGCAGCGGUUCUGAUUACGAUAGUAAUGAACCAGCUAAAUACGAAUUUAAUUACCAAGUUGAGGAUGCUCCAAGUAGGCUGUCGUUCGGGCAUUCAGAGAUGCGCGAUGGUGACUUCACCACCGGCCAGUACAAUGUGCUGUUGCCCGAUGGAAGGAAGCAAAUUGUUGAGUACGAAGCCGAUCAGCAAGGAUACCGACCACAGAUACGCUACGAGGGUGAAGGCAAUGGAGAUGGUGGUCUUGGCGGUGCUGGUGGCCAGACUCUAGGUGCUGAUGGCUACUCUAGUGGACGCCCGGGUGGAGAUGAUGGUCAGGAUCUGGGACGAAAUGGCUAUUCUAAUGGACGCCCUGGUGGACAGGAUCUAGGCCAAAAUGGCUACUCAAGUGGACGCCCUGGUGGGCAGGAUCUGGGCCAAAAUGGCUACUCAAGUGGACGCCCUGGUGGGCAGGAUGCGGGCCAAAAUGGAUACUCUGGUGGCCGCCCAGGUGGGCAGGAUCUGGGCCAAAAUGGAUACUCAGGUGGACGUCCUGGUGGGCAGGAUCUGGGCCAAAAUGGAUACUCAGGUGGCCGCCCAGGUGGACAAGAACUUGGCCAAAAUGGCUACUCAGGUGGGCGCCCUGGUGGACAAGAUCUUGGCCAAAAUGGCUACUCAAAUGGUCGUCCAGGUGGACAGGAUCUUGGCCAAAAUGGCUACUCCAGCGGUCGUCCUGGAAAUGGCGGCGGCGGUGUUGGACAGGACAAUACUGAUGGUCAGGGCUACUCUAGUGGCAGACCUGGCUCAGGACGCAAUGGUAACGGCUUUGGGCCCGGCGGUCAAAAUGGCGAUAAUGAUGGAAGCGGCUAUAGAUACUAG